UCGUCUGCAGCCUGCGGAGUAACCAGCAGGAGGCAGAGCUGAGGCGUCGAGAGCAGCACAGCAACAGAUUGAAGGAGAGACUGUCACAGCUGACUGACAGACACAGAGGAGAAAGGGCCCUCCAUAGAGGUGUUGAACUUUCACCUGCAGGUCGAGGCAAAAGAAGAACAGCCAUCAAAUCAUUCAAGUCUACCGCAAAAAAAGAAGAGGCAACUCUCCGCCUGAUGCUGGAGCGCAGAGAAGCAGAGCUCAGGAGGCUAUGAAGCUGCGUCACAGCCUCACCAACUUUACUUAAUGCACUCAGAGUCGACAUGGAGCAUACCAUGUCGGAUGUGGUGGAUGUUCAGGAUGAGGCCCAGACUGCAGACAAAAAGCUGGAUCAAGCUGAGGUGGCGCUUGGUGUUCAUAUAACAGGAGGUGUGGUUCAGAGCUGGAGGCAGGUGCAGAAGAGACUGGAUGAUGUCCUAUCUGAAGGGCACACUAGCGUUGGAACCGACCAUGACAAGCUCCUGGCUCGACUAGAAACUGAACUAAAGGAGAGUCAACAGCUUGUCAGAUUACAACAGCAACUGCUGCAGGACAGCCUUGCCUCACCUAUCCCAUCUGAACUGGCUGAUUCCUACUUUUUGGAAGAGUGGGAACGUCUUCAGGUGGGCUGGUCAGAGCUCCAUCAUCAGAGGCGGACUUUUGAACGGGAGAGGCAGUCCUUCACUGAUGCUGCCAUCCGACUAAGCCAUGAGCGCCGUGAUUUUGAGCAACAGAAGGCCUCUCUCCUGAAGCAGCAGUACCUGUGUGACUCCCCUCUGUUUAAUAAAGGAGCACCAAGCAACAACAGGAGAGAGAGCACUGCUCUCAAUUUCUCAGGUUUGGGGCCCACCAGCAUAUCUGGCUGUCUUCCCAUUACUCCAUCCUCCACCGAGUCAGGGACAGCUGCUGUUUCCGGAUUCCAUCAAGGAGCAGUUCAAACUCCCAGCACUCCUGAGCUCUACUCUGCCCUCAGUCUGUCAUACCACUGCAGGACCGGGGAGGUUGAUCACCAGUCAGAGACAUGGGAUGGCCGAGCAGACAGGAUGGUGCACAUGCCACGGGCUCCACACUUCUUAGACUGGUCAUUCUAAUACAGUUUUAAUGAUCGGUGGUGAUUGUAUUUGGGAAAUAUCAAUAAAGACUUAUUCAUAUUAUUAAUAAUUUACCCUACUGUGUUAUUUAGACACAAUGAAAAUUGAUUGUAAUCCAGCCUGGCCACUAAUAAAAUAAAAUGGGUAAUUAUGACUGCU